CCGGGCCCCGCCGGGCGUGUUUUAGUAGGACCCACUCGUACUGACUACGGAAGUGCAGAACAGCGGUUUCUGUGUAGGGAAAACCCCUCAUACCAUACUGAAGUGUCACGUCUCAAAGUAAAGCAAGAUUCUGUUAUUUUGUAUUGAAUGGUGAUGUCACCAUAUAACCACCAACGUCUUGAGAGCAACACGGAGGAAAACCCUAGACAGAAGUAUGCAAAAAUAUACAAUGGCAUUGGUAUAACCAAUAUUGUGCUGGGAUGCAUUGCUGCUGUGUUAGCCGUCACAGGACUUGCAUUUGAAAGCUACUCUUGUUGUAACCGAGACAUAGCUGCUGGGAUUUGGGGCGGUGUGAUGUUAAUAAUUUCUGGAACAAUUGCUGUGAAUACUGCAAGAAUGAUGACCAAAUGCAUGCUUGUGCUUACAAUGUUGGCUUCAGCAAUAUCUGCAGGUGUUGGGCUCGCUAUGUUUGGGGUGGAACUUGCCUUCGCUGUGAAAAUGAACAACCAUAAUUAUUGGCAGUAUUACUAUGCCAAGAUUGUUCUGCUUGUAAUACAUGGUGUGCUGUCGUUUAUUGGAUUCACUGGAAUGAUUCUUUCAAUUGUGAACACAGUGUACAGCAGUUAUGCUUUAUGCACUGGCCAUUCUGUCAGCUUUUCUAUUCAAAGAGACCAGAAUGGCUUUGCAACUGUUACUGUCACACGUACCAGCCCUGGUGAUCAAUCCAACCCCGAAUGCUCUGCUCAACCACAGGAUAAUAUUGAAGAAUACGAAAACAUUCCAACCCAGCAGGAGAUAUCUCAGAACCGGUCACCUCCAGAGAGACCUCCUCCCCCAUAUGCGGCUUUGUCAGAUCAAAAACAACCCCCUGUAUAAACCAACCAACCAACCCUUGAUUCAACUCAUUAAUAAAUCUCACACAAUAAGAACAUUGUAAUCAUAUAGUUUAUUACCAGUGUCAAAUAUAUUUGAAGCAAUUGCAAAUCAAGGACAUUACUUGUAUGAUGUUUCUCUAUUUUUUAAAACAAAUUGUUGUGCAAUUGGCGAUUUCCGAAUAAGUUUAUUAAAAACAUGCUGUAACAAUUUUUUUUGAAGUGACAAGUAUCUCUGUUAAUUACCAACUUUUAUUGAGUUUCUGUAUAUAAAACAUUUUUUUGCAAUUAGCGAACUAUUUCUGCUUGCCUUUGUAAUUGUAGUGUCAUAUUACUUAACACCUGGAUCUUGUUCAUUUUGCAUUAUGUCAG